ACAGCGCACGUGGGAGCCGUAUUUACGGUAUGAAGGCAGCUACAGUUCUUCUGGCUGCUGAUUGGCUUUGGUCACGUCGUAUGAGGAAGUAAGCAGCUGCAACAGCUACAGUGAUCUUCUCAAGUGAGGAAGCGGAACAGAAGAUUAUGCCAGGCAGAAGAGUGGUGGCGUUUGUCUCAGCAGCCGAGCUCGGCCCUGCUUUGGCCCGUCUCAUAGUGUCUCGGGCUGAGAAGGCAGUCAGCAGUGGCGCUCCUUCUUUUUCCCUCGGCCUCUCUGGAGGAAGUCUGGUGUCCAUCCUGAGUAAGGAGCUGCCUGCGGUGCCAGACCUGGACUGCAGCCGGUGGCUGGUGGGCUUCUGCGAUGAGCGGCUGGUUCCUUACGAUGAUCCUGAGAGCACUUAUGGACUUUACAAGAACCAGUUGUUUUCAAAAUUAAACCUUCCGGACGACAGGAUUUUGGCGAUCAAUCCUUCCUUACCGGUGCAGCAGUGCGCAGAGGAUUACGCCAGCAAGCUGAGUAAGGCCUUCAACACGCAGGAGACGCCGGUGUUUGAUAUGUUGUUGCUUGGCAUGGGACCUGACGGACAUACGUGCUCUCUCUUCCCAGAACACCCGUUAUUACAGGAAAAGCAGAAGACUGUAGCUUCUAUAAGCGACUCCCCUAAACCGCCACCUCAGAGGGUCACCCUGACGCUGCCCGUUGUGAACGCGGCCCGCUGCGUGGUGUUCGUUUCUACCGGAGGCAGCAAAGCCUCUGUGCUCAAGCAAGUACUGGAGGGUGGUGACGGUCCAGUUCUGCCUGCAGCCCUUGUUGCUCCGACACAGGGCGAGCUCUUCUGGCUGGUGGAUGAACCGGCAGCCGCUUCAUUAACACUCGAUGUGGAACGAGCAGGACCUGGUGCUAAACUCUGAUCUCAACUGAUUAAUACAUUCCAUUAUUUACAUUUUAUAAUAAUUCAUUUUGCAGCAUUACAGGUGCGGAGGUUCUACAUUAGUUAAGGAGACGUGAUUAGCAAAUUACUACACUGAUGUCAGUAGAUAUGAUGAAUAUAUUUGUGCAAAAACAGCUUAAAAUUAAACUAUGAAAACUUUUAAAAAA